UUUGUUUUGAUCAUAUUUGAAGUUCAAGAUGGCGGCCUCCGGGUUGGCGAGAGCCACCACGAGACUUUUGAAUCCUCGUUUACCUGUGAUCGUAGUGUGCGGAGCAACUGGGACUGGAAAAUCAAAACUAGCAUUAGAAAUAGCUGAGAAAUAUGGAGGUGAAGUCAUUAGCGCCGAUUCCAUGCAGAUUUAUCAAGGAUUGGACAUCAUCACGAAUAAAGUCACGUCAGAAGAGCGGCAACUCGUAGCGCAUCAUCUGAUUGAUUGCGCAUCGCCUUUGACCCGCUGGACUGUCGUGGACUUUCAGCGCAAAGCGUUGCCCGUUAUUGAUGGCUUGUUGCGAGACGGCCGUGUUCCAGUCAUCGUCGGCGGGACGCAUUACUACAUCGAGUCGUUACUAUGGAAAGUGUUGCUGGACGAUGAGGGCGAGCAGACGGCACAUCCGCUCCUCUACGAGCGGGACCAACAGCUGCGCCGCGAGCGUCCACCUUGUGCCGCCCAAAGUGGCGGCCAAGAUGACGAGCAACUCUUGAAAUUGUUACGCUUCGAUGAUGGAUCGGACGGGCCACAAUUGCAGCACUUGACCAGCGGCCGACUUCACGCGCUCCUGAAGAAGGUUGAUCCCGUCAUGGCCGACGCCAUUCAUCCCAACAAUCGGCGCAAAAUUGUCAGGUCGCUUCAAGCGUGGCAACAGCACGGACGACCCCAUAGCGAGUUGCUCCGGUCGCAACGGGACUCGGAGGGAGGUUCGACGCUGGGAGGUCCCCUCCGCUACGCCGGUCGUACGCUCAUCUUUUGGGUCCAAUGUCAACAGGAGGUGCUGGACCGUCGACUGGAUGCCCGUGUGGAUGACAUGAUGUCUCGCGGCCUUGUAACCGAAUUGGCCCAAUUCCACAAUCUCUACAACGCACGGCGCCUACAAGACCAGAUCAAGGAGCCGGAUUACACCAUUGGCAUUUUCCAGUCGAUCGGAUUCAAGGAGUUUCAUCAAUACCUCGUGCUGCCAUCUAACGAGCAAAUGGAAGACGUUGGACGACGUCUGCUGCAGCAGGGCGUGGAAGCCCUGAAAAUAAGGACGCGGCGCUACGCCCGCAAACAGAUUAAAUGGAUUGUCAAGCGUUUCCUUCAACAACCCGAUCGUCAGGUGCCUCCAGUGUAUGGACUAGAUGCCACGGAUGUGACUGACUGGAACGAGAAAGUCAGGGAUGUCGCUUUUCGAAUAGUGGAUUCGUUCAGCUCCGGCGACGAGGGCAACGAGGCUGCAGCAGCGGACGAGAUAGAGAAUGAAAGCCCCGAGCCGUUGCCCGUCGCCGAAACGACGUCUCGCGAAGAGCAAACCUCCUUUCACUGCCCGCUCUGCGAUAAGGUGUGUAUAAGCCAGCGCCAGUGGCAAGAACACCUUGGGAGUAACCGCCACCGCAAACUGGUCAAACGGGCGGCCAACGGAGACGGCCUCGACCAACCAAAGCCUAGGCGACAUAAAACAAGACCAGAUAGAGAUGCAACAAAUGCCCGGUCGGAAACGUCUUUGACAUCCGAACAGCAGCAGCAGUAGCAGCAGCAGCAGCAGCAGCUACCCACUACAAAUAGAUCCUGCUACCCCUUGUCAAAGAGUAGCAGACAAGGAAAAAAAAAAAAAAAUAAAAGAACUACCGUUAAGUCAAAGUCUUAAAAAAAAGAAAAGAAAAGAGGCCGCGUUUAAUGAUCGCUUCCCCUUUUUUUUUUUUUCUUGCGUGUCUGUGAUCUCAUUUACCGUCUGACUGGCAAACGUUCGCACAAUAAAAAGUCGUACUAAUGAUAGUCAAUUGUGUUUCGAUUGUGUUGGGAAGAAUUUCGAAACGGAAUCGCGGUAAAAUACAAAGAGCCUACAGACAAUACAAUUCAAAAUGUGCGUUGAA